AUGGCAGAUUUGAAGUCAAAAAUCACUCUGAAACUUCUGAUCGAUGUUCGUAGCCACAAAGUUCUUUUCGGUGAGGCUGGUAAAGACUUCGUAGAUUUCUUGUUCAGCCUUCUGACUCUCCCACUAGGUUGUGUUAUUAAGCUCGUCUCUCCUCCAACUAUGAUUGGAUCAAUUGGAAAACUCUAUCAAAGCGUUGAAAAUCUUAACGAGAUUUAUCUUGUAGCAAACAGAGCCAAAGCCUCUUUACUUCAACCCGAAGUGCCCACUUCUUAUGUUACAAAUCAUUUGCUUCUUGGCACAGAAGCCACCGUUGUGGUUCCAUCGGGCUCCAGUGUAGGGCUCAAAUACUAUCUUUGUAAUUAUUGCAAUAGAAAAGUCACUACUGUGAGAAAUACCCUGUGCCCAACCUGCAAGUGUGCGAUGGUCACCGAAAUCGCCUUCGUGGCUCCAUCGGGUUCUGCUUCUUCUUUUAGUUCUGAAAAUGCAGGGGAGGGUGUUGGAGGCUUUGUAAAGGGAGUGGUCACCUACAUGAUUACAGAUGAUUUGGAAGUAACACCAAUGUCUGCGAUCUCCAGCAUUGCUCUUAUCAAUCGCUUCAUCAUGAAAAAGGAUGUCCAACUAGAGGAGAAGGUGGUUGCCGUCGGCAUGGAAGAGGGACUUGCUUUGCUUAGGGCUUCAUUAGACUCACCAACCGCUUUGACUGAUGUUUUCUGCUCCCCUAAGAAGAAGGAAAAGCCUCCAUCUUCCUCUAUUGUGGAUGGCGAUGAUGACUAA